AUGUCAAAUUUGCAUUCUAUUUUCUAUGUUCUAGUAGUUCUUCUUUUUCUGCAAAAUCCAAAUGCGACACGAUGCCAUACCAAGGGAAUUCGUCUUCGACCAAGGGGUUCUGAAGGGAACGUGACAUUGACCAAUAUGACCCGAGUCCAAUUUUCAGAACAACAAUUCAUGAAAUGGGUGAGAUUUGUAGGUGGCCUCAGACACACUGUCUUUGGGACAGCCAAGAAUAAGCUUUUUCCUUCUUACAAUUUGCAUGUUUCUAAGAACCCGGGUAAAGCAGGUUUUUCAUCAAUUCAAGAAGCCAUUGAUUCUCUUCCAUUCAUCAAUCUAGUAAGAGCGGUCAUUAAGGUUCAUGCAGGGGUUUACACGGAGAAAGUUAACAUUCCUCCUUUGAAAUCCUUCAUAACCAUACAAGGAGCAGGCGCAGAUAAAACCAUUGUUCAAUGGGGUGACACUGCUCAAACUCUUGGGCCAAGAGGCCAGCCACUGGGAACCUAUGGUUCUGCAACAUUUGCAGUGAACUCACCUUAUUUCAUUGCCAAGAACAUCACAUUCAAAAACACUACCCCGGUUCCAGCACCAGGAGCAGUCGGAAAGCAAGCAGUGGCAUUAAGAAUUUCAGCAGAUACAGCAAUAUUCCUAGGCUGCAAAUUCUUAGGAGCACAGGACACACUAUAUGAUCAUGUGGGUAGGCAUUACUACAAGGAUUGUUAUAUUGAAGGCUCUGUUGAUUUCAUAUUCGGCAACGCUCUCUCUCUGUUUGAGGGAUGUCACGUGCAUGCCAUAGCGCAAUAUGUUGGGGCCCUAACAGCACAAGGAAGGAGCAGUCUAUUAGAAGACACGGGUUUCUCGUUUGUUCACUGUAAAGUCACGGGCUCAGGGGCACUAUACCUUGGAAGGGCUUGGGGUCCCUUUUCUCGUGUUGUCUUUGCUUACACUUACAUGGAUAAUAUCAUCAUUCCCAAAGGCUGGUAUAACUGGGGCGAUCCUAACCGUGAAAUGACUGUAUUCUAUGGUCAGUACAAGUGCACAGGACCAGGAGCAAGCUUUGCAGGGAGAGUAUCAUGGUCAAGGGAGCUCACCGAUGAGGAAGCUAAACCAUUUAUUUCACUUAAUUAUAUUGAUGGGUCUGAAUGGAUCAAAAUUCUUUUUUGA